AUGAUGAACAAGUCUUCCGAAGCAAAGCAGCUGUUGGACGAAUUGACAGACGUCGUUUACAAGUCAUUUGACGUGAAUCAAGUGUUUGAAUUUGUAAUGGGUUUUAUUGCACAAAAGUAUAAAACAGAACUUGAUGAUGUGACUGACAUUGCUCUUAAGCAACAUAUUAUCGAACAGCGAAUACCAUCGGCUUUGGAAGAAUGCGGGUUGAUGGAGAUUGUCCACGAUAAGCUUGCGGACGUGGGGCUGCGUGGUCGUUUGGAAGCACUGGAAAGUGAAAAAGAGGAACUCCAAAAAGGAGUGCAGAAGAUGAAGGAAAACCUGGAUGCUCUUGUUGCUGAUAUGAAAAACUUACAAUUGAAUUCUUUUGGACGAGUCGUUCGGUUGUUCGAUGAUCGCGUGAUUGAUUUGGCUAAGGAAGACGAGGACUUGCAAGUAAUUGAAUCUCCGAUUGAUGGUGCAGUGGUUUCUGCGGCUGGUUUAGCAAGCAAGGGUGGAUGGCGAACUCUACAACCUUCUGAACUACUGAUUGGGCUUUCCCUCACAGCGGCCCAACCAGUUCUUUGCCGCAAAGGACGAGAUACUUGGUUCCCUGGUCGUAUUAUAUCCUGCCCUGCUCCUGCCACAUCCAACGACCCGAACUCUACGAGAGCUGUUGGACCAAACAGUGCUAUUUACAGGGUCCUCUUGGACAGUGCUCCUGGUGCAAAGGAUGAAAUAUGCCAUUCAUCUCUGGCCUCUCUCGCCCUGGCGGUUUCAGCCGCCGAUCUGAAGCAAAAGUAUCCUGUCGGUGCUCGUGUAGUAUCAAUCUAUCGAGAUGAAAGUGGAGGUAUCGGAUACUACUCUGGCCUAAUCGCGGAGCCUCCCAGUGAACGGAAUAAUCACCGGU